UGCACUGGUCCGCAGAACAGGUCCGGACUUUUGGUCCGCGCAUGAGUAUAGAGUCCGUGGAGAAGGAGAGGCUCCCAGAGAGGUCUCUGCAAAACCCUACUGCCAACCCGCACCUCCGCUGGCGUAUUCACCGGUUAAAAUCUAGCUUGAAUCUGCCAUGAUCUGCGCCAUCUCCGGCGAAGUGCCGGAGGAACCGGUAGUUUCCAAUAAAUCGGGACAUCUCUUUGAAAGGCGGUUGAUCGAACACCACAUUGCGAGUCAUGGGAAAUGCCCCGUCACCAAGGAGGAGCUCACCAUGGACGAUCUCGUUGUUGUGAAGAUAAAUAAAGUGGUGAAACCAAGAACUCUGCAGGCUGCUAGCAUCCCUGGACUUCUAGGAAUGUUUCAUAGUGAAUGGGAUGCUUUGAUGCUAUCCAAUUUUGCACUGGAGCAACAGUUGUACACAGCGAGGCAAGAGUUGAGCCAUGCCUUGUAUCAGCAUGAUGCUGCAUGCCGUGUUAUAGCAAGACUGAAGAAGGAAAGAGAUGAUGCAAGAAUGCUUUUGGCUCAGGCAGAGAGGAUAGAAGCCAAUAAUGCAAUUGCUAUCAGUGAUCGCAAAAGAGCUGCAGUGGAUGAGUUAGGUCCUGACCAGAAGAGAAUUCGUCCUGGUAUUAAUCCUAUUAUCAUUGCAGAACUUACUGAAUGUAAUACUUUGCUUUCUGGACAACGGAAAAAGCGCCAGAUUCCAACAACACUGGUUCAUGUUGAUACGCUGGACAGAUACACUCAGGUCGCUAGUCAUCCCCUUCACAAGUCUAACAAGCCAGGCAUUCUUGCUCUAGAUAUCGAUGCUUCCAAGGAUGUAAUUGCUACUGGAGGUAUAGAUUCAACUGGUGUUCUUUUCAAUAGGACAUCAGGUCAAAUCUCAUCGACACUCACUGGUCACUCAAAGAAGGUUACCACUAUCAAAUUUGUGCCCGGUGAUGAACUGGUUAUAACUGGAUCAGGUGAUAAGACAGUUCGCAUUUGGAGAGGGUCUGAAGAUGGAAACUAUGAUUGUCGUCAUGUCCUGAGGGACCACACUGCUGAGGUACAAGCUGUCACAGUCCAUGCUACGAAUAAAUACCUUGUGAGUGUUUCUAUGGAUAAUACUUGGUGUUUCUAUGACCUUUCUACAGGAUCCUGCCUUACUCAGGUUGGUGAAGCUUUGUCAGAGGAGGGCUACACUUCAGCUUCAUUUCAUCCUGAUGGUCUUAUUCUAGGUACUGGCACUGCCGGAGCCAAGGUUAAAAUUUGGGACGUCAAGUCUCAGUCAAAUGUUGCAAAUUUUGAUGGGCAUAUUGGUGCAGUGACUGCUGUGUCAUUUUCUGAGAAUGGUUAUUUCCUUGCGACGGCAGCUACAGAUGGUGUGAAGCUUUGGGAUCUUAGGAAGCUAAAGAACUUCAGAUCCUUUUCUCCAUAUGAUUCAAGCACUCCAACAAACUCUGUUGAAUUUGACUUCAGUGGGAGUUAUCUUGCCAUUGCCGGCCCUGAUAUAAGAGUCUACCAAGUUGCCAAUGUGAAGCUGGAAUGGAACAUCAUCAAGACAUGGCCUGAUUUAUCUGGAACAGGGAAAGUUACAUCCUUAAAGUUUGGAGCUGAUGCAAAAUACAUGGCAGUUGGUUCCAUGGACCGAAAUCUUCGAAUAUUUGGACUCCCAUGGGAUGGAUCGCAGCAAAUAUCCCCGGAUCAUUGAUGAACCAGGCUGGUUUAGCCAGAGUGUUUCUUCACCUUCAGGUGGCACGUGUUAGUGAGUUGGAGCAGUUGAAAAAUGGAAACAACAUUGUCUGCUCGGCUUGGAAAUUCCUGGUUCCAGCAUAUAUUUUUCUGCGAAUUCACGAUUCUCAUUUCAAAUGUAAAAGAAUGAAGAGUAACUCGUGGAUUUUAUGUAGAUCCAUGAACCACUCACAGCGCCUCGAUUCAUAUCAAUUAUUCUUGGAGCACUAUAAGUUGAACGAUGUGUCAGUAAGGAGAGCUACCUCUAACGGCGAGUCAAAUCAUACGGAUUUUGGUGUUAACGCUUCUGUCAAGAUGAGGUAUUUUUUUGUAGUAUUUUAAUGUUCAAAUGUAACUGGCACUUUGCCAGCCGUACAUGUGCAAACAAUGAUUUGUCGCACAAUGAUUAAGCGUAUAGAAUGUUGAUAGUGGAAUGGCAAGCUGGACUUGAUUUUGUCGGA